GGCAAGGAAAGAGAGAGUGAGACGGGGAGGGAGGAAAGAUCAGACCUCCCCUUUAACCUGUGGCAGCAGUAGCAGCGUUCUUGAUCCAUGACAGUGAAACAGCAAGUGCUUAGUGUCCAUAAGUCUGUGAGAUUCAUCUGGAGGAUUCAGCAUCCACGCUAAACUACCAGAUGUGAAGAGAUAUUAUGAGGAAGCCAUUAGAGACUCUGGACCCUGCAAGGAAUCGGGGAGUAUAUUGUUCCUGUCAGGUUUAAGUAGAGUGGGCGUGUGAUCAUGUCCGGCGCUCCAUAGAUUUCAGACCAUCGGACCCCCAAGCUGCCCGUCAACCAUGGAUCCAACGUUCCCCAGUGUCAAACUGGGGUCAGAUUGCACCCCUCUGCAGCGGAACAGCAAGCGCCAUCAAGUGCAUCAUGUCAGGAGGAAACUACGUCCUUCUCGUAUUUUUGGUUUUAUCCUGAGCAUCUCUGCCCUCUCAUUGUUCCUGUCUUGGAGUGCCUUUACUUUCACUUUGGGCCCAUUCCCAAGAUGGACGCCACUCACCUCUCUCACCAACCAUGAUGGACUUGCAGAGCCAGUGCCACACAGAACUGUCCUAUCUUCCGACGAAGAGCGCAAUGUUUCGGCAGAUGCGCCCAUCGCUAUGGCCUCGUCCGAUGAGCACAAGGGAGACUAUCCAGAGGAUCUGUUCACACUGGAGGAGAGGAGGCAAGGUGCAGUCAUGCUGCAUAUGUUCGGCAUGAUGUACAUGUUCAUUGCCCUUGCUAUCGUCUGCGACGAGUUUUUUGUCCCUGCUCUCACCGUAAUCACAGAAAAAGUGGAGAUCUCGGAUGACGUAGCGGGUGCCACUUUCAUGGCUGCUGGAGGCUCUGCUCCCGAGCUCUUCACCUCUGUGAUCGGUGUGUUCGUCUCACACAGCAACGUGGGCAUCGGGACCAUUGUGGGUUCUGCUGUCUUCAACAUCUUGUUCGUCAUCGGGAUGUGCGCUCUCUUUUCACGCGAGAUCCUCAACCUCACCUGGUGGCCUCUGUUCAGAGAUGUCAGCUUUUAUAUCAUUGGACUAAUUAUGCUUAUUGUUUUCUUCCUGGAUAACUACAUUACCUAUGUCGAGAGCAUUGGACUGUUACUCUGUUACGCAAGCUAUGUCACUUUUAUGAAGUACAACAUGACUGUAGAGACUGCAAUCAAGACUAAAUUAUUCAGGAAUCAAGUGGAUGACAUUGAAGCACCUCCUAAGGUUAUCAGUGCGGGAGAUGAUGAGAAUAAACUCUCGGCUAAACCCCGCCUCCAGAGAGGAGGAAGCUCCGCAUCCCUCCACAACACUCUCAUGAGAAACAGCAUCUUCCAGCUAAUGAUUCACACUCUCGAUCCUCUCAGCGGCGGGAGGUUCAAGGAGAAGGCAUCAAUUCUACACAAGAUUGCAAGAAAAAAGGGACAAGAUGAGGCAAAUGGUGUUGUUGACAAGAAUCUUCCCAACAGCACUAAUGUGGAGGUUGAAGUCACUCCACCUAUGAAUGGCAGUGCUGGAGCUGAGGCUGAGAAGGAGGAGGAAGAUGAAGACCAGCCUCUGAGCUUGGCUUGGCCAGACACACUGAGGAAGCAAGCAACAUACCUCUUCAUCUUCCCCAUCGUCUUUCCAUUGUGGCUGUCACUGCCAGAUGUCCGCAGAGAUGUACGUUUGAGUUUUUUUUUACAUCCAUUUACAUUUUUAGGUUUACAAUUUUUUCAGUACAAUGUUUACAAAUUUCUCCCACAGGUUGGUGAGACUAUUGGAAUCACAGAAGAGAUCAUGGGUUUGACUAUUCUAGCGGCUGGUACCUCCAUUCCUGAUCUCAUCACCAGUGUUAUUGUUGCCCGGAAGGGUCUCGGCGACAUGGCCGUCUCCAGCUCAGUCGGUUCCAACAUAUUUGACAUCACUGUGGGCCUGCCUUUUCCAUGGUUGGUCUUUUCAAUCCUGAACGACCUGACUCCAGUGACCGUGAGCAGCAACGGCCUGUUCUGCGCCAUCGUUCUGCUCUUCCUCAUGCUCCUCUUCGUCAUUAUCUCCAUCGCUGUGUGCAAGUGGAAGAUGAGCAAGCUGCUGGGUUUCUUCAUGUUCCUGCUCUACUUUGUGUUCUUGGUGGUCAGCGUAAUGCUGGAGGACAAGAUCAUCAUCUGCCCGGUCUCUAUUUGAUUCCUUUAUCGUACACGCCCUUGUUCUUUUUCUGGGAACAGACCCUUAUUUAUUGGGCAUCCGAAUGAUAACAUGAGAGCUUGACCGCAGCUGCGCUGUGGCACUGCAUCUUUAUAUCCACCGAAGUCUGAGUAGCAGGGCUUUCCAAGCAGUAGUUUUGUUAUGGGAAAGUAGUGCAAUAUUCUGUUUGCACUCUCAAAAGCAGUACAUGUAGACUUGAUGUACUGUAGAUUUUAGCCAUUUUUAAUACGCUGUAUGAAGAGGACAGACUUUAAGAACAAGGAGACACAACAUCCAAUGAGGAGGUGGACAUCUAUGGGGAGUGUCCACAGACUCAGGAAAAGACCUUUGGUGAAAAUAUGCAAUAAUAAAUCGAUCACGAUCCUGGGACUGUGCUUUAAAGCUCACAAUAACUUGAAAUGAAGGACGAAACAAAGCUUUAUAUUUGCUUUGCCUGAACGCUGGUCCUUUCUGAUUGUUACUUGAGCAUUUUCAUUUGGAGCAUAUCAUAUAUUUUAUUAAAUAGACUUGUAGACGUAGUCAGAAGUCUAUUCUUAACAAAAUAUUUAGGACAAAAUUUAAGAUUUAUGUUGUCGAAUUGUAUAUAACACUUCUGUCCAUUUGGAUGACAAAGUUUUAACAAACUAAUAAACUUCAUGUAAUGCAUAUGAGAGUUAUUAUAGGUUAACUAAAACGGCAACGACAAAAAUAUUUU